GAUAUUAAGUAGAGCGCCCAGAGAGAAGAAAGAGAGUGUUCUUGGCGAUCGAUCGAUCGAUCGAUGCGUGGCGGCGAGCUCCAAUGCGCUGGAUUUGUGAUCGCGGAUGCGGUGGAAUGAUCUGUGAGAGAGCGUGAUCGGUGAUUUUAAUGUAUCACAGAUUCGUUGGAGCGCAGAGCGUUCAUGUAGACUACGGCUAAUUCUGCGUGGACGGUGGGGUCUUUUGCGAGCCCCUCUCUCUCUCUCUCUAUCUCCAUAUCUCGUUUCUCAAAUCAUACGCCACCAUGGCAGUGAUGAGAACUAUUUCGUGCUUUCCGGUCUUCUCUUCGUGGAGCUCACAGAAGGACAAGAAGAAAAACAACGACGCUUCCUUGUCCGAGAGGAGACUGGAUCUAAGCAGAGAAGUUUCGGGAAAAGCUAAAGUCUGGCCGGGAGAUGAUGCGUCACCGACAAUUGGUGGCUCCAAGGAUCCAGAAAAGCAAACACUCGCUACUACUGACUUGAAGAGCUCCAGCGCGAGCGUGAGAUCUCUUCCAGAUCCGGAGGAUUGCAAGACGCCCUCUACCAGCUUCUCGUCUUCGGCAGAGUUUUCUCCCAUCGUCAUCCAGCCAAGUGGUAGCGAUUAUCAUCCAGCUUACGGCACCAAGGAUGGUGACGAAGAGGAAAGAUACGAUGGUUCUAUUCGCUCCGCCUUGAAGCAUGUCGAGGACUGGGUCAGGAACCUCGAGGAACUCGACGAGAUGGAUAAGUCCGGCGAGGAAGAUCCAGAACAGGAUACUUGUGCUCAAGCUGCUACUGCGGCCGAAGAUCAAAGUGACCCGGAUAGAGAGCUCAACGAUCUCGUCGUCCAGUCCUUAGAUCCGCUGGCAGGGAGCGCUCACUUGGCCGGGAUCGGCCUCAAGUCUCUUCCUUUGCUGGGAGCUUUCAACAACUUAAGGAGCCUUUCGAUCUCUGGAAACUCCAUCGCUAAAAUUCCUCCGGGAUGUCUCCCCAGGAACCUUCACUUUCUCGACCUCUCCCGAAACAAGAUCUCGGUGAUCGAGGGGCUUCGAGGACUAAGCAGGCUGCGCAUUCUCAACCUGUCCCACAAUCGCAUUUCACGAGUUGGACAUGGCCUGGGAAACUGUACCUCGGUACGAGAGCUCUACCUCUCCGGCAACAAAAUCAGCGAAGUCGAGGGGCUCCACCGCCUGAGGAAGCUCUUCCUGCUCGAUCUCAGCAACAACAGGCUCACGACUGCGAAGUCUCUGCUCCAGCUCGCGGCAAACUACAGCUGCUUACAGGUCUUAAACCUGCUUGGCAACGCGGUUCUUCUCAACUUGGGCGACGAGCAGCUCAAGCGGCUGGUGGGAGCCAUCGCUCCUCGCCUCAGCUAUCUCAACAAUCUGCCCAUCAAAGCCGUGCCGGCGCGGGAGGCCGUGGUGGGGAAAUUCGCAAGGACGGAGCUGGUUGGUGCGAGGAAAGCGAAGAGAUCGUCGGGUAGCAAGGCCAAGCGAGUGGAAAGCCUGCAAGCAAACUCUUCCCGAAAGAGUGGAGGACGAAGAAGACGUAACAAGCAUUUCUAGAAUGUAUGUAUUGUACGACUCUGGAAAAACUCUCUUCAGGACUGAUGGAAAAGGUAACAGGACUGAGAGAAAAGAAACCUUCGAAAAGAUACAAGCAUUACUGAGCAGUGGGAUUUGUACUAAAAGCUGGUGGGCACAGAAGAUUCAAGCUUUUCUUUCCCUGGGAUCCCACAUAGCUUAUUUGUCACACACUAACACUAGAGAGUAAGAGAAACCAAAACUAAAAA